AUGGCCCAGCACGAGCACACCGCCGACCCUGGGGAUGUCCUAGAGAGAUUGCAACUGUCUCUCGACGAUCGAGAUCUCUGGGUCAAGUUCCAGUCUCUCACCAACGAGAUGAUCGUCACAAAGAAUGGAAGACGCAUGUUUCCAGUUGUCAAGAUCAGUAUCACAGGACUUGACCCUACAGCUAUGUACUCCGUUCUGCUGGAGUUUGUACAGAUUGAACAGCACAGGUGGAAGUAUGUGAACGGAGAGUGGGUCCCGGGUGGUAAGGCAGAAGUCGCCCCUCCGAACCCCAUCUACAUUCACCCCGAGUCUCCCAACUUUGGGGCUCACUGGAUGAAGGAGUCCGUGUCCUUCGCAAAGGUCAAACUGACAAACAAGACCAACGGCAGUGGACAGAUAAUGUUGAACUCGCUCCACAAGUACGAGCCCCGUGUUCACAUAGUGAGAGUCGGCUCAGACCAAAGACGAGUUGUCACCUACCCUUUUCCUGAGACUCAGUUCAUAGCUGUCACCGCAUAUCAGAAUGAAGAGGUGACUUCUCUGAAGAUCAAGUACAACCCGUUUGCAAAGGCGUUCUUGGACGCCAAGGAACGUCCUGACUCUACAAUGUACAGUCGGGAGUACGUUCCUCCUCAGCAACCUCAAUAUCCACAGUAUACCAGUAACUGGCUUCUACCUCAGACAACAGUGUACAACAAUGAGAGAGUGUGUCGUAGUCAGCGAAGCUCACCCUAUCCUCCUCGACCAACUAGUAGACCCUCCCCUCCAGGCACCACUCAGUUCGGAGUCUACAACACAGAAUCCUGUUCAUCCCCUGGCCCUGUAUUCACUCCAACUUACUCCUGGAGCCAACCUACUUACACUUGUGGAACCCCUCCACUACAACCUUCCCCCUCCACUUCUCCUCCAUGGCAUCCCUUCCCCUCCGACUACCCCCACUACCCAGAGUACAUCCCCCUCCAACCGGACUAUACACAUCUGGAAGCAGUACCUGCGGAGGAGAGGACGGCGGAGGGGGAAAUGGAGCGAUUCCGAAGAGAUUCAUGGACCCAUCUACACCCCCCUCCUACCCAUGCUAGCUUAUAAGUUGUAUUUGCUCAAGAAGAAGCUUAAGAUUAACAUUUAGCUUGAAUAAUGUUGCUGAUUAUUUAUUAUUUUUGUUGACAAAGAAAAAUUUUGCUGAUUGCUAACUGAAAAAAUUGAUCCAUAAGGCUGUUUAGGAUAAUUGAUUAAACUCUAUUUAGUAGGUCGUCUAUUUAUCUCAAACUAAAUUUUUUGAAAAUGAAAAGCUGAAUUACUUACUGAAGAUAAGUUGUAUGUUAAAUUGACAUUUGGCAUGAACAAUAAAACCAGUUAUUUUUUACGUAUAGUAAAAUAUUGCUAAUUGAAAUAAUGGAGGUGGGACUGUAAACAAAGGCGGAACUAAAAAAAAAUCAAUGAAGUUAUAUUUAGUCAUAUAAAUAAUUUUUCUCAAAACAGUUUUUUUAUGUGAAGAGUUAGAUUAUAUUUCUUGCUCAAAAUUAAUCAUAAGUUAUACCAAACAUUUGGUCUAUAGCAAAUAGUUAUAAUUUGGUAGUCUAUUUAUUGUUGGAAAUAGAAACAAUCUUGUUUAGCAGGAAUAUUAGAGGUGGGCAGGUUUAUAUAGCUGAGUCUUCCAAAUAGUAUUUUGCAGUUAUGUUUACUUAUUGUUACUCACUCUAUUUUUGUAACUUGAUUGAAGAUAUAUAGUACAGAACAGAUUUUUGUAUGGUCAAGCUAGAUUGUGGUAUAAUUGUUAGAAUAUGUAUGUUAUUGAGUAUAAUCAGUAUUAUUUUAAUAAUUGAGAAGGUCAAUGCAUAUUUUUGUAAUAUUCAAUUUGAAUUUGGGAGGGUAGAAAUGUAACCAAACAAAUCUAGAAAAGAUGGCACAAAGCCACUUACAAUAGCUAUAUUUUUCAAAUAACCGUCCACAUUGGAAAUUAAUCAAUGAAUAUGUAAUUUAGUGUAUAGGAAUAAUAUAUUUCCUUGAUAUUCUAAGUAUA